UAGUAUCUAAAAAUUGCAAUUUGCUUAGAUUUUGUCUGGUUGCAUACCAGUUGUUUGAUAGUUUGCCUCAGAAAAACCAUUUCAUAAAUCUCUUACACACACACAAACACAAAUACACCCUUUGGACAUAAUCAAAAGCCAAACAAAACUCAAAAACAGUAAUCAAUUAAGCUACCAAGCUUGGUCUUCAUCCUUUUUCACACUGCACAAUAAUUCAGAUAUUCUUAUCUGCAUAGAUUGAAACUGCAAAGUUAGUAGUUGCCAAGAGGGGGUUUUCCAUAUUCAAGCUGAAUUCUGGUUGUAGGUUUAUCAUUUGCCGGAAGACAAACUUUGAGGUAGGUUCCUUGUAAGUGAGCUGAAGUUCCAUUCAUCACAAAAGUUUCAAGGGGGCAUAGAGGAUGAGUCAGCCUAAGAUUAAGCGUCGUAUCGGUAAAUAUGAGGUUGGGAGGACCAUUGGAGAGGGAACUUUUGCAAAGGUGAAAUUUGCAAGGAACUCGGAGACUGGUGAUCCUGUGGCUCUCAAGAUUCUUGACAAGGAAAAAGUUCUCAAGCACAAGAUGGCUGAACAGAUCAGGCGCGAGAUAGCUACAAUGAAGUUAAUCCAGCAUCCCAAUGUUGUUCGACUAUACGAGGUCAUGGGAAGUAAAACAAAAAUAUAUAUUGUUUUGGAGUUUGUGACUGGGGGAGAGCUCUUUGACAAAAUUGUAAACCAUGGACGAAUGAGUGAAAACGAAGCACGAAGAUAUUUCCAGCAGCUUAUAAAUGCUGUUGAUUAUUGCCAUAGCAGGGGUGUCUUCCACAGAGACCUGAAGCCUGAAAAUCUGCUAUUGGAUACUCUUGGAAACCUUAAAGUUUCUGAUUUUGGGUUGAGUGCACUCUCCCAACAAGUCAGGGAUGAUGGACUUCUUCACACUACAUGCGGAACACCAAACUAUGUUGCUCCAGAGGUCCUUGAAGAUAGAGGCUAUGAUGGGGCAACCGCGGACUUGUGGUCGUGUGGUGUGAUUCUCUUUGUGCUGGUUGCAGGUUACUUGCCUUUUGAUGACCCAAAUCUAAUGAACCUGUAUAAAAAAAUCUCGGCAGCUGAGUUUACUUGCCCGCCAUGGCUUUCUUUCAGUGCAAGAAAAUUGAUCACUCGAAUCUUGGAUCCUAAUCCUGAGACUCGUAUCACUGUUGCUGAGAUUUUGGAGGAUGAAUGGUUUAAGAAAGAUUAUAAGCCUCCAGUUUUCGAGGAGAAAGGGGAAACCAACCUCGAUGAUGUCGAAGCUGUCUUCAAAGAUUGUGAAGAACACCAUGUAACUGAGAAGAAGGAAGAACAACCAACACCCAUGAAUGCAUUCGAGUUAAUCUCCAUGUCCAAAGGGUUGAACCUAGAAAACUUGUUUGAUAUAGAGCAGGGAUUUAAAAGAGAAACAAGAUUCACAUCAAAAUCACCAGCUGAUGAGAUAAUAAACAAGAUUGAAGAAGCUGCAAAACCUCUUGGCUUUGAUGUGCAAAAGAAAAAUUACAAGAUGAGGCUUGAAAAUGUUAAAGCUGGAAGGAAGGGAAACCUUAAUGUUGCCACAGAGAUAUUCCAAGUGGCACCUUCUCUUCACAUGGUUGAGGUACGGAAAGCAAAGGGUGAUACAUUGGAGUUUCAUAAGUUCUAUAAAAACCUGUCAACAUGCUUGGACGACGUGGUUUGGAAAACAGAAGAGGAUAUGCAAAAGAAAGAAGCCAAGUGAAGUGAUAGUGAUGUCAAUUAUGAAAUCUAAGUGUAAUUUAAUUGAUGUCUAGCUAUGAUAAUGAUCUCUUCUUCUGUAGCUUCCACCAUAUUUAGCAAUUUCUUGAUUUGUUAUUUUGCUUGCCCCACCGGCAUAGCUUCUUUUCUUUCUUGUUAGGUUUGUUUUGGACAAAUGUACUCACAUCACAUACAUGUUACUGUUGCGUUUCCAUGCUAUUAUUGUUGGAAAGCAUGCAUGCACAGUUUUUAUGUAA